CACUGGAAAUCUGUCUAGUAAUCCUCGCCUUCUUUUGUCUAUCUGAAGCAUUUAACCCCUUUGUGCCCAUUUUUACGCCCAGCCCAGCCCCUCUCCAGCCCUACUCCUCACCCACGUGCCACCCUUCCGCCGUGCUAUGCCCCAUCGCUGCCACCGUCCCGUCCUGGAGUCAUGCCCGUCCCCGAGAUGGCUCUGACCCCCGUCAAGUCUCUGUACUGGGAGGUGUUCCCGGCCAUGCCCACGCGGCGGGUCUACUGCGCGCCGCUGCUCCACCGGGGCCUGCUGUACGUGCUGGGCGGCUGCAGCGAGAGCGGCCUGCCCCUGGACGCCGCCGAGGCGCUGGACCUGGAGAGCCAGCGCUGGUGCCCGCUGCCGCCGCUGCCCACCGCCCGCGCGGGCGCCACCGCCGUGGUGCUGGGCGGCCAGCUGGUGGUCAUGGGCGGCAUGGACGCCCAGCAGAGCCCGCUGGCGUCGGUGGAGGUGUACAACAUCGACGAGGGCAAGUGGGAGAGGAAGGCCGGGCUCGGGCACCCGUCCAUGGGCAUCACAGCCGUGGAGAAAGAUGGGAAAGUGUAUGCUCUAGGAGGGAUGGGUGCAGACACAUCUCCCCAGGCCCUGGUGAGGGUCUAUGAGCCAGCCAAGGACCAGUGGCUUCCCCUCGCCACUAUGCCAACGCCCCGCUAUGGAGCCGCCUCCUUCCUGCGCGGGAACAAGAUCUACGUGCUGGGUGGUCGUCAGGGUAAGAUGCCCGUGACGGCGUUUGAGGCCUUCGACCUGGAAGUGAAGAGCUGGACGCGCUUCCCCUGCAUCCCCAGCCGCAGGGCCUUCUCCAGCUGCGCGGCCACUGAGCGCUGCUUCUACAGCCUGGGGGGCCUCCAGCAGCCCGGCCCCCACAAUUUCUACUCGCGGCCGCACUUCGUCAGCACCAUGGAGGAGUACGACACCGAGCAGGGUGUUUGGCUGAAGCCUACGCGGAGUUCACGCAUGAGGGAGAAGCGGGCAGACUUUGUGGCCGGCUGUCUCGGAGGCAGGGUCAUCGCUGCAGGUGGAUUAGGUAACGAGCCCUCCCCGCUGUCCUCGGUGGAGAGCUACAACCAGGUGAAGCGGAGAUGGGAGUAUGUGGCGCCGCUCCCCAGCCCCCGCUGCUCCUGCGCCUCCCUCCAGACUCCCAGCAUGCUCUUCCUCAUCGGCGGCGUCUCGCAGGGCCCCAGCGACGCCGUGGAGGCCCUCUGCAUGAGAGAGAGCGUCUGACGCAGACGUCCACGGGCCACACACACUGGACGGGAGAAGGACGGGACGCCAGAGUGCAGCUCUCGCUCUCGCUCGUAACACGCCUCUGCGGCAGUGUGUGUCUGAUGACAGAGAAGGGCAACCCCACAGAAGGGACUUUGGAACUUUUUCUUCAGAACAGUGCUGAAAAUAAGAUGGCGUAACAAAGGACCGCGACCCCCCUACUACCACCUUUUGACUCUCUAGGACUUUUUGGGGAGUGUCACACAAGCAAGAAAGCAAGCAAGCAAAAAAUCAACAAAGAAAUAAAUAAAGUAGUCCCUUCCCAAAAUACAGAGAGACAACAUUAUGGACGCCUUUGAACUGCAAGGCACUUUUCAGGAUCAAAGCAGGGUACUUUUCUGGAAAAAAACUCAAAGGAACUAAGGGCCAUAUCUAUCCACAAGCCACUGCAGAGGCUGUCAACAGUGGCAGCUUUAGCACUUUUUUCUAUUACCUGAGAGAAACAGAAAACAAGGAAAAAUUAAGGGAAAGGUUGUGAUGAAGAAACAAAAGAAGUUUGAGUGUGUGCUUGUGUACAUGUGUGUGUGUGUGUGUGUGUGU